ACACCGCUCUACCACGCACGAUAAUUUUCUUCGCGUUACAACUUGUCACGAUGGACGUCGAACGGCUGCAUGCAAGGAGGCUCCUGUCGCGCGCCGCGGCGGCGGUAGAUGCCUUGUCGCCAGGGCCGGCCGUGCAGGCGGCCGAAGUCCGCACGCGAGUAGCAGCACCCUUGGGCUCGACGGACGCGACAGUGAUUGCGAUACUGUCGCUGCUCCUCUGCGGCCUAGUGGUCGUGCUCGCGGUGCGCGCGGUGGUCCAGUGCGCGUUCCGCAUCACGCGGCGCGUGUGCUACGGCCAGGAUCCUCCCGGCGACGUCGAGGCGGCGGCGCGGGAGAGGGCCUCCUCCUGCCAGCCCGGUCCCAAGACGAAGCGAGGGGCCUGCAUCGGGCUGAUCCCGUCGCACGUCUACCCGCCCGAGGUCGAGCUCGCCGGGUGCGGCGCGGCGGAAUGCGCCAUCUGCCUCACCGAGUUCGCGCACGGCGAUCGCGUGCGCGCGCUGCCGCACUGCAACCACGGAUUCCACGUGCGGUGCAUCGACCGCUGGCUCGCCGCGAGGCAGACGUGCCCCACGUGCAGGCGGAAGCCGUUCGCCAAAACCGCACUGCCGGUGCCGGGCCGAGCGGAAGCGCCGGAGGCCGUGCAGCUGCAGGUGCACGCUGACGCCGGACAGCCCGAGAAUAACCAUUAGCGUUUGCGAAGAAGAUUGUACAGUGUUGGUGAACGGUUAAAUUUUUGGACUUGCUGUCAUCUGUGAUUCCGUGGUCAUGUGACUUUUUUCCUUUAUUUUUUCUUUAACUUUGUUGGGGUUUUAGAAGUGGCCCGGGUCCGAUGAUAUGAGCGUGAACUUCUAUGCAACUGGAAAUACUAUGUAUUUUGACUUGGUUCAGUGCUGGUGCAAGAUGUACCUUCUGUAGAUAGAGAUUUCCAUAGUUCCAUUUUGCCAUGAGCCCAUGAUA